GGCAACAUGGCUGCUUAAAGCUGCUGAAAAGCAUUAGGAAUUUUUUUUUAUUGUUUGCUUUUUAAAAUAUUCACACACAAAAGGGCUGCAAUGUUGGCAGAAAUUCACCGCUGUCCCUUGACCGCAGAAACUUUUCAGAAGACAAACUUCGCCAAACAUGAACAGGUGGCAGUACCCAGACGCCCUGAGACCCAGAGGCAGCAGCUGCAGAAGAGAUCUUUCUUUGGUGUGGAGGUGCUUGAGGAGCUGGUGUGGGACAGCUGGGAGCUGGGCGGGGAGUUUACCAAAACUCUUCUGCUGAAGAACAUUCACAUCAAACUGCAGAAGCUGCAGUUCAGGCCACCAUCUUCCAGAUUCUUCACAACCUUGUUUCCUCAGACAAUUGUCCUGAGCCCAGGGACCUCCUUCUCCCUCCCUGUCACUUUCCGCCCUCUGGAAAAGCGCGAGUACUCGGAUAGCAUUCAGUUUGAGACGAAGGAAGGGGCUUUUCAAGUCAUGCUCUGUGCCACCCUUCCUUGCCACUCACUAGAGAUGCCCGAGUGUGUGGUUGUGCCCAUGUGUGCUGCUCAUGACAGCUCUCAGACCACAUUCUGUUUUCGCAAUACCAGCAAGCUCAAGACAUUGUUCUCCUGGGAAGUGCCCGAGCCUUUCCAGCUUUCCCCGGCCAGUGGUCUCCUGGAGCCUGGGGUGGAGUGUCAGGUGACAGUGGUUUUCAGCCCUAAGGCCGCUCUAGUGUACGAGGAAGUCGCCACCUGUGCUUUCGGAGACCAUGGGGAGACCAAGAGAAAUGUCCGCAUCAUAGCCCUGUCAAAAUAUUCCCACCUCCUGGUGAGCGCGCCAGGGCAUCUCUCUCAGACGUCAGGGCAGGAAGACACCCAGAGCAUUCUGGACUUUGGUAGUGUGGCCGUGGGGAGCACCGUGGAAAAGCAUUUUGAAGUUCACAACCUGUCUGUGGUGAAAGCUCCAUUCAGAGUUACCAAGGCUGCCCGUCCUGCACUGCUAGAGGAUGUGUUUUCCUGUGAGACCAGGCAAGGCUGUGUGCCGUCAGGCAGCACACUGAGGAUCCCACUGCGGUUCAGUCCUCAGACAGUGGGCAGCUCCAGUGUGGACUACUUCUACGUCACCACCGCCGGCGAUGUCAGCAAGGCCCUUCUGAAGGUGACUGGAAGCUGUAAAGGUCCUCUGGUGUCGUUGACGAACUCUGUGGUGAAUUUUGGCUGUGUGGAGCUAGGGGGGUCUGCAGUCCAAACUCUGGAAAUGACCAACACCUCAGAUGUGCCCGCGCACUACCAGUUCUGCAUCGACGGCAGCCACAGCAUCUUCGGCAUCGACAGACCCUGGGGCGUUCUCCCUGGAGAGAGCUCGCUCGCCCUCCACCUCCGAUUCCAGCCCAGCCAGCCCAUCGGCUAUUACAGGAGGCUGGUCUGCCUCAUCCACCACCAGAAUCCCAUUUUCCUGGACCUCAUAGGCACGUGUCACUCUGAGCAAUGGAAGCCAGCGAUACUUAAUGCCAAACACCUACACCUGUACCACAAGAAACUAGAGAGGGGGCUGACCUGUUACCCACCUGACAUGUUAAGUGCCAUGUUGGCAGAGAACCGGCUACAGCUGGACCAGGACGGAGCCCUCCUGCUUCCAAACCAGGAAUCUGAAGAGGACCCACCUGCCACCCCCAGUCCCCCCGUGUCGAGCUCGAUGGCGGAAUACUUCGAGGGGGACUCGGGUGCGACCAGCCGCCCUCACGUCACCAUUGACCCACCAGAGCUCCUCUUCCACAGUGGCUCCCCUUCCCGUUCGGUCUCCUUGACAAACCACACCAAGGGAAGGCUGACCGUCGUUUGGACCAGUCCCGGGGGGAGUCCAUUCAGCGUUACCCCCGUGACCUGCGACCUCCAUCCCCUCAAAACCAACGCGUUCAGGGUCACCUACACUCCUAGCCAUGAAAACACCAUCAACGGGGCUGACCUGGAGUGUUUUGCUUUCUAUAAGGCCAUGAAGGACAGCUGUUAUGUGGAGGAUAGCACCCUGUGCCCCCCCUGGUGUCUGACACUGAGAGUCAGUGGUCACUCCUUUCUGCCUGGCCAUCAACACUUCAUUCCCCGCUAUGUGCUCCAUCGCCCACAAGUGGUGUUCCCAGCCCUGAACCAAGAGUCCUACAGAUCCAUUCUGUUCCAGAAUACUGGGGAGCUGCCCAUCAUUUUCAAUCUGGAGACAAAGGACUGUCCUGUGGUUACAGUGAAGCCCACCAGUGGUCUGGUCCACCCAGGGGCUCACCAGAUCUUUACUCUGAGAACAACUCCAACCAUAGAUAAUGAUCAGAAAUUGCACCUGUCUCUACAGCUGAAUGCCUCUCAGGAGCACAUUGAGGAGAUCACUAUACUGAGUGUGGCCGAGAAACCGAAGAUGUCCCUGGAGGGAGAUGGGACUCUCUUCUUUAAGCCCACAGCAGUGGGCUUCUCCUCCGAGCGCUCUUACAUCAUUAAGAACGUAAGCCGAGUGCCUUUGUGUUUCAGAUGGAAGACCUGGAGCCCAGACUGCUGUGUGCUGUCAGUUUCACCACAGGAGGGCAUUAUUCAGCCCAAUGAAUCCUUGGCACAGACCUGGUCUUUUUCACCACUGGAGGAGACACAGUACACUAUGAAGCCCAGCCUGACAUUUUGGCCUCUUCAGGAACAGAACAGUGCUUUCUCCAUCAAAAAGACACGUCUUUCCUUGAGAGUCAUAGGAGUGGCCUCACAAGGAUCCAUUGAGGCAGAGCAUGCUGUCCUGGACCAGGGGACAGUGCUGGUUGGCAGCUGUCAGACAUGUGACCUGGUGCUGCUAAACAAUGGGUCCUGCACCCUCAGCUUCUCCCUGACUGUAGGUCAAGACAUCUCUGGGCACUGCAGCCCUGAAGAAACGCAGAAUGACCCCACCGCCCUCGAGUUGGAGUACUACAGUGGAACAAUCCCUGCAAGAUCAAAGGUAGUUGUCAAGGCAACAAUCAAACCCGCCAGGAGAGUUCACUAUCGCUGGUCCAUCACCUAUCAGAUUCUCACCUCAAGAGGACAGGUGAUGGGGGAAGCCCAGACCCUGUGCCAGGUGUGUGCAGAAGGGGUGUACCCCACGCUCUCUGUGUGUGAUGCCCGCAGCACAGGUAGCAUGGAGGGCAUCAGCAAGCUGCAGCUCUGGAACCUCUUUUCCCUGGACACCCUGAACUCCUACCUGCAGCGGGACCCGACACCCUCAGAACUCAUCUACAGAGUGCCCACUCGACACAGCGUGCGCCGGUGCCCCUCAGUUUUCACCCCCGUUUUCCUGGACUUCAACUUCAGCGCUGCCCCGCUUGGCUCAGAACCCUCCACUGUUCUGAUGAUGCUCGAGAACAAGGGGCCCAUUCCUGUGGACUGGUCCUUCCUGUUUCCAGCUGACCAGCAGAUUGAACUGGAGUACUGGGCUGAGAGUGGGGAGUUUGACCCCACAGAGUUACACGAGAUGAGGGUUCAGGACAACAAGCUCUUCAGUGUUUCCCCCCGAUCUGGCAAGCUCCUUCCUGGGCAACAGAGAGCAAUACAGCUCUCUUACAGGCAUGACUUUGCUGGCACAGAUCGCCUUCCCGUCCUGCUGAAGCUGUCUCAUGGGCGUGAGAUCCUGUUGAACUUCAUUGGAGUCACAGUGAAGAAGGACAGGCCCUACAUACACUUCAUGUCCACCAAACACACUUUUGCCCCCGUGGCCACUGGUAGCUUCAGUCCUCCCAGACAAGUCUAUGAGCUGUACAAUGGAGGAUCAGUGCCUCUAUGCUACCACAUUGACCUGGAGCCUCUGGAUGACUUAAAGGAGGAGAAUUUUGGACAUCCCAUUUUUCAAUGUCUCAAUCCCAGAGGAGAGGUGCAGCCUGGGAGAACAGCUGUUGUGGAGUGGAUCUUCUCUCCCCUGGAAGCCAAAACCUAUACUGUGGAUAUUCCCAUACACAUUCUAGAGGGGGACUCUGCUCUGGUAUCAUUUAAUGGAGCAGGGUAUGAUGGGAGGGCUCUGGGAGAAGCAGCCCCUCUCAGAGUUGACUGCAUCCCAUUUUCUGUGCCCAGUACGCAGAAAGUACCCUUACCAGGACAGCUGGUGUUCCUGUCAGAAGAGAGCAUAUCCUUUGGCGACAUCCCAGUCUGCUCCACGAAGACCCACAUGGUCUUCCUCUACAACACUUCAGAGACGGACAGAGUUUUCUACUCGUGGCACAACACCUCCCAGCAUGCUAGCCAGGCUGUGCACAUACAUCCUGAGAGUGGAGAGCUGGCUGCUGGAGACAGCACUCACUGUAUAAUCACUCUUCAUGCCUCUGGUAGCCCCAGCUUCUACCUCCUGGACCUCACCUGUCAGGUGACCACAGAAGGGGCCCUGGCGCAGUAUCGCCAAGACCUACAGAAGUGGGAGCUGGAGAAGGAGAGGCAGAAGAAUGAGUUCACCCUGACUGACAGAGCCAACCGGCCACAGGCAGAAGAUCAGACCAAGGGAUCUAAAAGGUCUGGCCAGCAAAUGGACACUUGCGUCCAAAAAUAUAAGACCCUCCCCCCGAUCCGGAGCCGCACGGAGCCGGGAAACGGCGUGGGGCUCAGCCGAUCGGAACGCAGGGCGCAGAGGGAGGCGGGCCGGCUGUGGCGGAGACCCGAGGCUCCCCGACCCUUCCUUCUCCACCUGGGGGUGACGGCUUGUUCCCACUCUCUGCAGGAGUUCCAGAGCAGCUUCCCCUCCCGGCUGCACACGCACUACAUUCACAGGCUGAUGAAGCCCAAGCUGGUUCCUUCGCCUUCAAUACAGACUGAAAGAGCAGACCCCAGAGCGGAUCUGUCUGUCUGCAGCGGGCCAGAAAAGGAAAUUGUCACCUGCAUCUUGACCUCAUUGAUCAGGAGCCUACUGGAUGAUCCUCAGUUCCAGCAGUCCCUGACGGACAGCCUGGCCGAGCCAGUUCCCUAUUUCUGCCAGCUGAGCAGCCCCCAAACUCCUACACUGGCACCGCAGCAGGAGGGGCCUGACCAGAGGGGCCGCUCUUUAAAUUCUUCCCCACUGCCCCGGGAUACCCUCAGGGACGAUCUGCCCAGUGCGGUGACAGCAGAGUCUCAGCCCAGUGAGGCAGAUUCCCAGGAUAUCAAACAGCAGGAGCACCGACUUGAGAUGCAGGAGGCAAUCAAGAGGCUCCCAGAGUUCUGUGAUCUGGCUGAGGAGAUUCUCGUGAACACACUUCAGAACAUUCUUAUUGAGGCUUGUGUGGGAGAGGUGGUUCUGACAGCAAGGCCGCGGGUCAUAGCGCUGCCCCCAUCCACAUCGAGGAGGUCAUCACAGGGCAGUUCUUCCAAAAGGUCACCUCGGUCCCAGGCACUCAGCGCAGUGACGUCGGGAGAGAGAGGAGGGGGACAUAAGGCCCAGAGUCUGGAGAGACCCGCGGCAGAGCCUGUGGUCUGAGCCCCCCAGACCACCCUGCUACCAGACUGGAGUCACAUUCUCGAGUGCACGCUGUAGACCUGAAGCUGAGGGCGGGGCAUCACCUUAACGUGUUUUUCCGGCGCACUUUUAUUUUAUUAAAUAAAACACAGAAAUCAAUCAAUCCUGGAAAACUGUGCAUUUUUGCUGAGCAUAGGUGCAGUUAAGAGUAUUGAAUAUUUAAUUACUGCCUACAGAUUUUAUUUUACCUUAAAAAUGGGAACUGUCUAUCCAAACAACACAAUGUAUAAAUCAUUAACGUAGAAAAACACAAACUAUUUCCUUCCUCUUCAUGGUUAAUGCAACUACUUAAUCAAAGACACACUACGGAUUAUUAAAUAAAUCUUUUCUUAACACCCUGUCA